AACAGGCUGGCGGUGUCCCCUGUCCCUCGGUUUUGGCGGUUUUCAUCUUCUCUCUAAAUUUACAGUAAGUGGAGAUGAAUCAAAGCUACCAGAAUACUGCACCGCCCGAUUUGGCUCAUCUGCAAGCCACCAUGCGUACUAUCGAGCUCGCCUGCAGUUCCAUACAGAUGCAUGUCAAUCCAUCGGCAGCUGAGGCAACUAUUUUGUCAUUAAGCCAAUCUCCUCAACCAUAUCAGGCAUGCCAAUUUAUCCUCGAAAAUUCUCAGAUGCCAAAUGCAAGGUUUCAGGCAGCUGGAGCGAUUCGGGAUGCAGCUAUCAGAGAAUGGGGUUUCCUAUCAACUGAUGAUAAGAAAGGACUGAUAAGCUUUUGUCUGUGCUUUGUAAUGCAACAUGCCAGUUCAGCUGAAGGCUAUGUCCAAGCAAAAGUUGCCUCUGUGGCUGCACAAUUGUUGAAGAGGGGUUGGCUAGAAUUCACAGCUGCUGACAAGGGAACUUUUUUUUCUCAGGUCAAUCAGGCUGUUGCUGGAAGCCAUGGUCUUGAUAUGCAGUUUGCUGGAAUAAUUUUUCUGGAAUCCUUGGUUUCUGAGUUUUCACCCUCUACCUCAACUGCUAUGGGCCUUCCCAAAGAGUUUCACGAUCAGUGUCAAACAUCUUUGGAGCUGGAUUAUUUGAAGAGCUUAUAUGGCUGGGCUCAAAAUGCUGCUUCAAGUGUCACAAAUAGAAUAAUUGCAUCUGACUCUGCCAUACCUGAAGCAAAGGUGUGUUCUGCAGCACUCCGUCUUAUGCUUCAAAUCUUGAACUGGGAUUUCCGGUGCAGCAAAAGUACAGUUGAGAUUGGCAGGAGAGGCAUGGGCGUGUUAGGAGUCAAGAAUGACAGCUAUUCUGCCAGAAAAACUGAAUGUAAUUUAGUGCAGCCUGGUCCAUCUUGGUGUGAUGUGCUCAUAACAAGUGGUCAUGUUGGAUGGCUUUUGAGACUAUAUGGUGCUUUGCGUCAGAAAUUCUCAUGUAAAGGUUAUUGGCUCGAUUGUCCUCUUGCUGUUUCAGCUAGGAAACUCAUAGUACAAUUCUGCUCCUUGACAGGCAACAUAUUUCCAGCUGAUAAUGGGCACAUGCAAGGUCAGCACUUGCUCCAACUGCUCUCUGGGGUUGUAGAAUGGAUAGACCCUCCUGAUGCGGUUGCAAAAUCCAUUCAAAAUGGAAAAAGUGACAGUGAGUUGCUUGAUGGAUGUCGCGCACUUCUAUCUAUGGCAGCUGUAACUUCUCCACUGAUGUUUGACCAACUCUUAAAACCUAUAAGGCCUUAUGGAACUCUUCAUCUUCUGUAUGCUUUGAUGAGUGAGGUCGUUAAAGACAUUAUGGAAAAUCACACUGAAGAAGAAACAUGGAGUUGGGUCGCACGUGAUGUCUUGCUAGAUACCUGGACAACUAUUCUGAUGCUAUUGGAUAGUACUAGUCGUGAUGCUUUGCUUCCGUCAGAAGGGAUCAGUGCCGCUGCCAAUCUUUUUGCCUUGAUUGUAGAGUCUGAGUUAAAGGCUGCCUCUGCAUCUGCCUUCAGUGAUGACAAUGAUGCCGAUUACUUUCAGGCUUCCAUUACUGCUAUGGAUGAAAGACUAAGCUCCUACGCUCUUGUUGCUCGAGCAGCUCUAGAUGCAACACUUCCUUUGCUAGUGAGACUUUUUUCUGAGCGUUUUGCAAGGCUUCAUCAGGGCAGAGGCAUUUGUGAUCCAACUCAGAUAUUGGAAGAGCUUUACUCACUUUUACUGAUAACCGGGCAUGUUCUGGCUGAUGAAUGGCAGGGUGAAACACCAUUGGUUCCAAUGGCUAUACAAACCCAAUUUAUGGAUGUGGUGGAAUCAGAAAAUCAUCCAGUUGUUGUACUUUCUGGAUCGAUUAUAAGGUUCUUGGAACAAAGUUUAGAUGCAGAGAUGAGAACAUCAUUCUUCAGUCCUCGGCUUAUGGAGGCAGUCAUUUGGUUCCUGGCAAGAUGGUCCUGUACUUAUUUGAUGCCUCAUGAAGAAAGUAAAGGAAAUAACCUCACCAUUGAUAAUUUCAAGGAAAGACAACCUGAGUCAGAACUGUCCAAGAAAAUGUUGUUUAGUGUUUUUGGAGACAAUGAUCAGGGAAAAUUUCUUCUUGAUGUGAUUGUUCGCAUUGCAAAUGUCACACUUGUCUCUUAUCCUGGAGAAAAGAAUUUACAGGAACUUACCUGUAACCAGUUGCUUCACGGACUUGCUCGACGAAAAAAUGUUCGUGUACACCUUCUUAAUUUGGAUUCCUGGCGCAAUUUAGCAAAUGCUUUUACUAAUGAGAGAAUUCUGUUAUCGCUGAAUCCUGUUCAUCAGCGUUCACUGGCUCAAACCCUUGCUCUCUCAGCGUCUGGAAUGAGAAAUUCUGAGGAGUCAAACCAAUUUAUAAGAAAUGUAGCAAGCCACAUGACAACUUAUCUACUGCAACUCUCAGUAAAAGAUGAUCUGAAAAAGGUUGCCCAACAGCCAGAUAUUAUUUUGCUGGUGAGUUGUUUGUUGGAGCGGCUUCGUGGGGUUGCCAGUGCUUCCGAACCUCGUAUUCAGAAGGCCAUUUAUGAGAUGGGUUUCUCUGUGAUGAACCCAAUCUUGAUUUUUCUUGAUAUUUACAAACAUGAGUCUGUAGUUGUCUAUCUUCUACUCAAAUUUGUUGUGGAUUGGGUGGAUGGCCAAAUUAUCUACCUAGAGGCACAUGAAACUGCAGCUGUUAUUGAUUUCUCUAUGCGCUUGCUCCAGAGUUAUUCUUCUCACAAUAUUGGCAAGAUUUCAGUUAGUGUUUCAAGCAGCUUAAGGAGUGAAGAAGAUACUGAGAAAUACAAGGAUUUGCGAGCCCUUCUACAACUACUAGCAAGUCUUUGUACUAAGGACAUGGUUGAUUUCUCAUCAGAACCCGUCGAGUCUCAUGGUACAAGCAUUUCUAAGGUAGUCUAUAUGGGUCUUCACAUAGUUACCCCUCUGAUUACCCUGGAACUGUUGAAAUAUCCCAAGCUUUGUCAUGAUUAUUUCUCUCUUCUGUCACACUUGUUGGAGGUUUAUCCUGAAAUGGUCAUGCAAUUGAACAAUGAAGCCUUUAUACAUAUUGUUGGAACUCUUGAUUUUGGUCUUCAUCAUCAGGACUCAGAAGUAGUUGAUUUGUGUCUAAGAGCUCUGAAGGCACUUUCAUCCUAUCAUUACAAGGAAACUGGAGCUGGUAAAUCUGGGUUAGGCUCAUAUGCAUCAGGUUAUGAGGACCUUGCUGGAAAUAGUCAAGAAGGAAUUCUUGGACGGUUCCUCCACUCAUUGCUGCAAUUUCUCGUUUUUGGGGAUUACAGCAACGAUCUUGUCAGUGCUGCUGCAGAUGCUCUUCUGCCGCUGAUCCUGUGUGAACAAAGUAUCUACCAGAGAUUGGCUAACGAGUUAAUUGAAAGUCAGGGGAACCCGGCAUUUAGGUCAAGGUUGGCAAAUGCUUUUCAAUUCCUUACAAGCGCGAACAACCUGUCUUCCACACUUGACCGCAGAAAUUACCAAAAGUUCAGAAAAAAUCUACAGAGUUUUCUGGUGGAAGUUCGUGGAUUUCUUCGUACUAUUUGAUACAUGCAAUUCAUCUGUUAAAUAACUGCCCCGGGUGCUCGCCCGUGUGUUUUCGCUUUUCCAAGCAUUUACAGUGCUGUUUUUGCUGUGGGUUAAUUAGGUGCAUCUAUGUCACGUGGUGUACAGUUUUACCCUUGGUUGGGGAAAUUUUGGAGAGAACAUGUUUGUACAUUUAGAUACAGCUUGGAUAAAAUGUUUUGACCUAUAUCUUUUACCGUUUUUAGGGUGAAAAAGUACAACCAUUAGUUAAUGUGAAAACAAUUAUGCCAAAAAGUGGUUUGCCGUAUAAACAAGUAUAUGAUGUUCUCAACACGAAAGGGCAAUUUUUGCAAAGUGACGUCUCGUAA